AUGGCGUUCAGGUUUUUACUUCUGCUUUUUCCCGCGCUGGCACUGGCUAGGAUAGACGUCGAAAUAUUGGGCGAAUUUCAUGGUAACGACAAAACAGUUAAUAUCAACUACUCCGGGAGCGAUACAAGCGUGAUAUCCGAAGAGGAACGCAACACUUUCAUGCUUAGCGAGGAUACAUUGAAGAAUAGCGCGUUGAAUUUCUUCGGUAACCGUCCGGAUAAUGUCUACCUACGCAGUCCGACGCCUUGGGGUGAUUUGUAUAAGACAUACAAUUGGGAAGAAGUUUCUAGAACACUCAAGCCAAAAUUAGGCCGUAUUCUAAACGUGUCUGCUGAAACCCAGACUAUUGCGAGUCAAACGUUCGAGAAUAAAGAGACCAAACCUACAACUUUCAACGUCGGCUUAUCGAAACAUCUAGAAAAUACCGUCUCAUCGUUUUGGAUUAAAGAUGGCGAGUUGACAAUUAACAAGGGAAUUAACUACGACAUCAAAUUUGGCAACACAACAAUCACUUACACGUCUCUAUGGGGUUUGAACACAGAGAAAUCUAUGACUACCUUAAUAGGGUUGAACAAUUUAGAAAUGGUACUGCAACCUGGCCAGUCAGUUACUACAGAACUUAUUGUUACAAAGCUAACUGCCACACUGGAGAUGGAGUACGCGGCAUUCCUUUCAGGAACAGUUGCGGCAAACUAUCACGAAGCAUUCAAAGAACAUCACUUCUGGGCGUUAGACGUGAACGAGAUGAUGGCUGCCAACGAAAUGGCGAAUAUGUCGAUGUCAAAGGAAACCAUAGACAUUAUUUUCUAUUCUAAUCCCAAAAUGGUUGUUGUUGAUACAAAAACGGGUGUUGAAAUAAAUGAUAUAAUGUCAUGA